AUGCUACUGAGUUUCUUUAUGGUCGGGCUAAGUGUUUUCACAACCAUAUUGGCUGAGCGAGUUUUUCUGAAAGAAAAACCCCCCUUUUUCAAGCACUGUACCUCCGAUAUGCCAGACUACGAAGCUUGUUAUAGGAGUAAUCUGCAAUCGUUGCUCGUUGAAUACAAAGAUGGUAUACCCGGACUGCCGGAGGCAUAUACCUUCGAACCGAUACGCAUACGUCGCUUACGUAUUGAACAAGACGAGCUAAGCUUACGGCUGUAUAACGUUGCAGUUCAUGGCAUCAGCACGGCAAAUAUUACGAAACUGCGGUACGACCCCAACGACUACAGUUUCCGUGCUCGCGUGUUUUUGCCUGAGCUGCAGAUCAGCGCGGACUUUCGCGCUCACGGACGUCUGCUCUUCCUGCCCAUUAAUAACAGUGGAAAAUUAACGCUGGAAGCAAUGGCUGUGAAAUUAGCGUUUCUCUUUACACUGCAGCUGCAGGACGAUGGCAAUCGAACUUUUGCCGACCCACGCACGGUGCGAAGUAAAAUCGUCGAAAUUGGCGAUUUCCAUUUGAACUUGGAGAAUUUCUUGGACGGCAACACUGAGCUGGAAGGCACGAUUAAUGAACUGCUCAAUGCACUAUGGCGCGAUGUAAUCGAGGUAUUGCGGCCAACGUUGGAAAAUGCUAUAAACGCUGUGGCAUUGACACGAUUUAAGAGUGUACUGAAUUUCAUACCAGCAAACUAUUUCAUAUCGGAUGUACCGAGCGCAGCAGAGUUGUAUGGGGAAGUAGCUGCCGAUUUGUAUUGA